AGGUGCCCCUAGCGCGUGUGCUCUCUCAGAAAUGGCAGGACAUCAUUAAGGAGGUGAAGUUCCUGCAGAAGCUGCGACACCCCAACACCAUCGAGUACAAGGGCUGCUACCUGCGGGAGCACACGGCCUGGCUGGUGAUGGAGUACUGCCUGGGCUCUGCCUCCGACCUGCUGGAGGUGCACAAGAAGCCGCUGCAGGAGGUGGAGAUCGCGGCCAUCACGCACGGGGCGCUGCAGGGGCUGGCUUACCUGCACUGCCACAACAUGAUCCACAGGGACGUGAAGGCUGGGAACAUCCUGCUGACGGAGCCGGGGCAGGUGAAACUCGGGGACUUUGGCUCAGCGUCGAUCAUUGCCCCUGCCAACUCCUUCGUGGGCACGCCGUACUG